AUGGCGGAACACCACUACAAAUUCAACGUCACGAUGACCUGCGGAGGUUGCUCCGGCGCCGUCGAGCGUGUGCUGAAGAAACUUGACGGGGUCAAGCAGUACAAUGUCUCACUGGAUACCCAGACCGCCGAUGUCACGACCGAAGACUCCGUUUCUUACCAGACGGUUCUUGAGAAGAUAAAAAAGACUGGCAAGACGGUGAACUCAGGAGAGUCGGAUGGCGUCCCGAUGGCUGUUUAA